UAAAUUUUUUAUUGUAGUAAAGAAAACAGGUUUCUUAUGCAAUUAAGGCAAAGUUGAGGAGGUAGAGUUAAAUAAAUUCUUAGGCAUAUUGUAUAUGAAAUGUAAAUCAUGAAUGAUGACUACUGUAUACUUUGCAAGUAGAGUUAAUUUAUCUAAGAAUUUAAACUGUACUUCUUGUUCCAUAUUCUUUUCUCGUAAACAUCUAAUCCAUAUAGUUACACCAAAUUCCAUUCCGUUUCAUCAUCACAACUAAAGAAGUUAAUGACAGAAACUUCUUAUCAAUCAUAUACCUCGACCAAGAAACCUGGUUCAUUCCGGAUUCGACUAAUACCCCUAAAUAUAGAUAGUUUUUCUAAAGCAAUCUUUAAAUAAAAAUUCAUAUUUGUAUGUGUUAUUUAACUGAAACCAAAGUCAGAUAGUUUUUUCAGGAAAUUGUUUGAACAUAUUGUAACGCGAAACUCGAGAGAUAUAUUUUAACUGCAUAACACACCCAUAAUAUUCACCACCAAAAAUCUCACUGUGACUUAUAUGGAUAAUUCUAUUUUUGUACCAAAAACAAAACGUCAAUAAAUAUGUGAUUCUAAUCUUUUAUUUUAAAAUAAAUGUUUGGUUCAUUGUCGAGUUCGAUUAAUUUAUAUACUAAUAUUAUAUUUACCACAGUAAGUGAUAUUUAAAGUUUUGAAUACAAACUGAGACAUCAUCUAAGUUUUAAUUCUUUGUAUAAUCAAUAUUAUUAUUUAUCAUCUAACUAUAUCUUAUUCGAACUAUGAUAAAAUAAUCUGAAAAAUUGUCAAAAUACUUUUUAAGACAUUCUAAUUGGAGUGCAUAUGUUAAGAUUACAUACUUCAGUUCAAAUCUUAAUUUUUAAAACAUCACUUGGAGGGAAAUCUAUUUUCUACAAAAUGCCAUUUCUUAUGCUCCCUCCGUUUCAGAUUAAUUAUCGUUGUAGAGGAAAAUUUUUGUCUCAAAAUAAAUGUUGUUUUGUGAUUUAAAUGAAAAAUUUAUUAGUAAGAUUCUUCUGUUUAUUUUUCUAUUGGUUGAAAUAUGGUUAGGUGUAUGGGUAAUGAUGUUUUUAUUUUGAAAAUGUACAAAAUUAAAUGUUUUCUUAAUCUGUGUGCAUGAACCUAAAAUGACAACUAAAUUGAAACGGAUGGAGUAUUAAUUUCCCUUAACGAGAAGCUAAUUAAUUAAGGAAUAAUUUAAAUUAACGUCAAAUACGUGUUAUAGUUUAAUUCUUCAUUGGGAAAAAGCAAGGUGAUGGCUAAAGUAUGAACAUUUUCCAAUAUUACGUAGUCUAUAAAUUCCCAAGAACCUGUGGAUUUACUUUCAUUUUUCAUCUCAAAGCACUAAAAGUCUCUCUACUUUUUUCUAUCUCUCUAUUCAGUUAUGCAUGCAUAGAGGCAUAGAGCUUAUUAGGAGAUACCAAACCCAUAAAAACAAAAAUAGAACACAUAAAUAGCAUUUGUAAGGAAAUUGAAAGUAAGUAUGGAAAAUUCAAUGAAGAAGAAGACCUUCACAGAGAGUGAAGAAGUAGAGCUCAGAAGAGGGCCUUGGACUCUUGAGGAAGACACUCUUCUCACAAAUUACAUUAUCCAGAACAGUGAAGGCCGUUGGAACCUCGUCGCCAAAUGUGCUGGGCUAAAGAGAACCGGGAAAAGUUGUAGAUUGAGAUGGUUGAAUUAUUUGAAACCUGACAUAAGGCGAGGGAAACUCAGUCCCCAAGAACAGCUUAUGAUCCUUGAUCUCCACUCUAAAUGGGGUAAUAGGUGGUCCAAGAUAGCACAGUACUUGCCAGGAAGAACGGACAACGAGAUCAAGAACUAUUGGAGAACAAGAGUUCAGAAACAAGCUCGACAGCUCAACAUCGAAUCUAACAGCGACAAAUUCUUUGACGCUGUUCGUAGUUUCUGGGUCCCCAGAUUAAUAGAGAAAAUGGAGCAGAACCCAUCAAAUACUUAUUGUUGUCCCCAAAACAACAACAAUAACAAUAACUCUCUUCUUCCUCCUUCUCAGUCUUACGACUCAAUGAGUAAACAAACAUAUACUGAUAUCUCGGGUAAGAACCUGGGUAUAAGCAACACCGAUGGUUCUGCUUCGAGCACCACUUCCAUGCCUGAUCUUAUGACGGUUCCACACUUCAUGGAUCACAACACCAUCAUCGAUUCUUCGAUGUGUUACCAUGAAGGCAAUGGUCAAGAACUCGGUGGAUAUAUUCCUGGGAUGGAGGAGUAUUACAUGAGAAAUUCAGACAUAUCAACGGAUUGUCACGUGGCGGAAGCGUACGAGGAUGUCACACAAGAUCCCAUGUGGAAUGUGGAUGACAUUUGGCAGUUUAGGGGCUAACUGUCAGUCAAGAGACGUAUGUACUAUGGUUGGAGCCCAAUACAUGGUUUUAUUUAUAUAUACUAUAGUAAAAUACUUUUCAUUUUAGUUUAUGAUCAAAAAGUUGUUGGAUAAGUAUUUAUACUACUGAUAGUUUGCUAUAAGUACUCUUUGAUUUCAUGUCCUUUGUAUAAGUCUAUUUGCUCAGAUUAAGUAUAUCUUAAGACGAU